AUGAUCGAGAAAACAAGAAGUAUGAUCGAGCAAACAAGUUCUUGGUUGGCAGGGACGAGCACUUUAGAUCUCUAUGCAGCGAGCAAGCUCGUGAGAAAGCAUGCCAAGCGUGGCUCUAUGGUGGAAGCUCGGAGAGUGUUUGAUUCUCUCCACCACCGCGAUCUCGCGCUAUGGAACGCUUUGAUCCUCGGGUAUGCCGAGAAUGGAGAGCCCGAGCUUGCUCUGGAGUUGUUCUCUGGAAUCCAAUCCUUCAACGAGCGAACAAUCCUUGCGGCGAUCAAAGCUUGCGCUUGCAUUGCCGAGAGAGAGGUCGAUCAUGGGCGAUUUGUCAAGAUCAAGGCGCUGGAGAAGGGCAUGGCUGUUCAUCGCUUGGCCGCGAGAGAGGGCUGCGACUCCAACGAUUUCGUGGCCAGCAGCUUGGUUUUUAUGUACUGCAAGUGUGGCUGCUUGCGCGAGGCCGAGCGAGUUUUCUCCUCGAUGAUCCAGAGCAAUGCCGUGGCGUGGAGCUCGCUCAUGCAUGGGUACGCCGACAAUGGACUCGCGCGGGAGGCUCUCAAUCUGUUCGAGGUCCUCCAGCUCGAACACGAUCGUCACGCCAUGGCUGGCGAUCCCUGGGCCUUCGUAGCAGCCGCGAAAGCUUGCGCCAUCCUCGCCACACAAGAAUCUUGCCAGGACUUCAAUGAAAAGCUCGUUCCCAUGGAAUCCCUCGAGAAGGGAAUGGCGAUCUAUGCUCGAGCCAUAGAAAAAUCCUCCCAUUCCAGCACUUUCGUGUCAAAUUCACUCAUAGAUAUGUUUCUCAAGUGUGGAAGCGUGGUUGACGCUCAAAGAGUUUUCACUCGAAUGGAGUUUCGUGGCGAGCCCAACUCUUGGACCUUUGUUGCCGCAUUGAAAGCUUGUAGCAAUCUCGCGGACUUGGAAACCGGGAGAGAAAUCCACAAGGAGAUUUGCCGGCGUGGAAUGGAAGUUCUCGAGCCUAUAGUCGUGUCUUUGCUGGAUUUCUAUGGAAGAAAUGGAAGUCUGAGAAGUAGCCAACUUAUUUUCGAUUCCUUAUCAUCUGGAACUACCACCAUUCUUGCAUGGAAUGCCCUGAUAGCAGGAUACAGUCACCAAGGAAACACAAAGCUCGUCUUCCAUCUCUUUCAAGCAAUGGAAGCCGAAUUUGUAGCAGCCGAUGGGAUCACCUUUGCUCCACCGGUUGGAUGA